ACAGACCAUAGAUUAAAGACAACAAUGAAGAGUGCACUAAAGUCUAAACGAUUAUGAACUCAGAGCCGUGAAAUAAUUAUACCAGUUAAAAAAAUAAAAUACACUUGCUGUGAUUUUGCGACCACCUUGAUUUAAAAAUUUUAAGAUCAAGCCAUAAACAUGGCAGACAAGGUAGUUUCCACGGUCACUAAGCCUCAGAUGCGAGGGCUCCUGAACAGUGUGAUCAAGCGUAACCUGAUUGUUGCUCUGACACUGUCAGGCAUUGCCGGCGUCCUCACCAAGCAGCUGGUUGGCAAUCCCCGUAAGAAGAGAUACGCAGAGUUCUACAGGACAUAUGAUGCUGAGAAGGAGUUUGAAAAAAUGCGCCAGAAGGGUCUAUUCCAAUCUUGCUAAUUUAGGCGUGGCUGUUACGUAGUUGUAUUAUUUGCUGUAAUUAUAUAUGUAUGAUAAUUUAAAAUAAAAAGAUAACCAAAAAGC